CCCCCCAAAUUCGAACCUCAAAGUGCCCUUCCCCAUGGAAGGUAUCUCUCUCUGUAAAUAACUUGUUAACGACACAGAGGAAGAAAUUCUCUCUCUACUGUACUAGAAGAACAAUUCCCGUCUCUUGCCACGUCUGGAAUCCCGAGAUGCCAGGUGGGCAGGUAGAGAGGGAUGAGAGGAUCUCCAUUGAGCUCACGGAUGAGGUCAUGCAGAGCAUGGAAGUUGGCAUGAUCUUCAGAGACUACAAUGGUAAAAUCAGUUCCCUGGAUUUUCACAGGACGGCGAGUUAUCUGGUUACAGCAAGUGAUGACGAGUCAAUUCGCCUUUAUGAUAUUGCAAAUGGAACGCUGUUAAAGACCAUAAAUAGCAAAAAGUAUGGGGUUGAUCUGGUUUGCUUCACUCCUCACCCCACAACAGUUAUCUACUCUUCCAAAAAUGGCUGGGAUGAGUCACUCCGGCUUCUUUCCUUGCAUGAUAACAAGUACUUACGGUACUUCAAAGGCCAUCAUGAUAGGGUUGUUUCUCUUUGCUUGUGCUCGAGGAAGGAAUGCUUUAUCUCCGGCUCUCUUGAUCGAACUGUUUUGCUUUGGGAUCAACGAGCUGAGAAGUGUCAGGGCCUUUUGCGAGUGCAAGGCAGGCCUGCUGUUGCAUAUGAUGAUCAAGGACUAGUGUUUGCAAUUGCAAAUGAAGGGGGCUCCAUACGAAUGUUUGAUGCUCGCAAAUAUGAGAAGGGGCCCUUUGAAAUCUUUACAAUUGGAUCAGAUAAAUCAGAUGCUCACACAAUAAAAUUUAGUGGGGAUGGAAGGUUGAUGCUCUUUACCACUGCAGAUGGCAACAUUCAUGUCCUGGAUUCAUUCAGGGGCAAAAUUAUUUCCAGUUACAGUGUUAAGCCUGUGACUGGCAGUGGUACUCUGGAGGCAUCAUUCAGUCCUGAUGGAAUGUAUGUUGUAUCAGGUUCAGGAGAUGGUAGUGUCUAUGCGUGGAAUAUCAGAACUGGGAAAGACGUUGCUUCAUGGGCAAGCACCGAAAAUGAUCCUCCUGUCAUUAAAUGGGCUCCUGGAGGCCUAAUGUUCGCUACUGGAUCUUCGGAACUGUCAUUUUGGAUCCCGGAUUUGCUCAAAUUAGGUCCUUUUGGAUCAAAAUAAUGCCACUGAGGAAAGGGGCAGAAAAGGCACAUCCUGAUCAACUCUAUCGCUGCUUCUUUGGGGAGUGAGAAAGUGUAAAUAUGGUGGAGGUUAACUGCACUUGUCGGAUGCUCACUAUGUAUGUAUUACGUCAUUUUGGUAUUUUUGGUUCUAUUUGAAAAAUGAAAGGAAGAGAAGCAAAUCUCUUUACCAUCAACAGGUGUGGCAGCCAAGAAA